AUGUCUUUAGAAUUUAGAGAAAUUCAUGUAUUUUAUGCAUAGAAAUAGGUUAUAACUUUCAAUGAUCAAAUAGAUUUAGUAAAGAAUCGUGUUGAAAAUUAGUUAAAAGCUCAACCAAAAGAUAUAAAGCUUCUGUUAGUAAUGGCAUAAAUCUAUCAUUUAUAUUAUAAUAAUUAUAAAUUGGCUUUAAAUCUUAUUAAGAAGGUGCUUUAAAUAGAUCCUAAAAAUGUUGAUGCUAGAUUAGAUUUAGUAGAUAUUAUGAAAUACCAUUCAGUUGGAGAGAGCUCAGGAAAGCAGACAUUAUUAGAGGAAUGUUUAGAAUUGGACAAAUAUUAUUGGCGCAUCUACUUUAUACAAUUAAAAGUUUAUGACUCGAUGAAAUUGAGCAAUUUAUUUUUACUCUCUAAAGCUAUAGAAUACUUGGAGAUGUUUCCAAAUAAUUUUUGGCUUAAAACAUAUUAUUUGCAAAUUGAUACUGAUAUGAGCUAAUAGAAUAAAAUUUAAGACUUAACUUACUUAAAGGAAUCAGAAUAUUUAGAUUUCGAAAUGCUUAGAAGAUUGGCCUAUAUUACUAAAAAUUAAUAAGAAAAAGAUUUUUCAAUAUUAUGUGAAGAAUACUCUAUUAGAUUAAACCCAAACUCAUUUUAUUCUCUAAAUAACUUAGCCUACUCAAUAGCUAAAUACAAAGAUAAUUAAUAAAAAAGCAUAGAAUAUUAUAAAAAAGCUCUUGAAUAAAAUCCAAACUAUUUUACCACUUUAAAAAACUUGGUAAUAACUUAUGAAGAUAUUAAAGAUUAUACAAACAGUUUGUAAUACCUCAAGAGAAUAUUAAGACAAAAUAAGAAAAGUGAAUUUGCAUAUCGGAUGAUGAUUGGCAAUAGUUUUAAAGAUUAAGAAUUUAAAAUUGGUUUAUUUUUUGCUAAAAAAAGUGUUGAGCUCUUUCCAAAUUAAUUCGAUUUAUUAAUCUCAUAUUUAGACUUGAUUGUUCGAUCAUCAGGAUAUUAAAUUUACGAUUAUGAAGAAUUUGAAAUUGUAUCUUUUUAAGCAAUGAAAUAUAAAACGAAAAAUGUAUCAGAAAACGAUUUAGACUUUAUUUGCUAAAAUUUAAUCUACAUUUAUUCUCAAAAUAAUUUAAUUGAUGAUUUUUGGUGA